UAAAACCAAGAUAUCGGACUAACACUGAAGAUCGGGCUCAUAGUUCACUCACUGCUGUUUAUCUCCACAAGAGGCACACAACUCAUUCACAUCAGAGGAGAUGAUGUUGGUGUUGGUGUUUCAGGCUCUGCUCUGGCCCGCUGUCUCAGCCCUGUUCACAGUUGAUAUGGAGCAGAGUUCAUAUGAGGCACGGCUCCACGAGGACAUCCAACUCGUGUGCACGUUCUCAAAAGUCAAAAGCCUUUCUGACCUCCACAUCAUAUGGCGCAGAAUCGAGCCGAAGCCCGAAGAGGAGGUCUACAGAUACAGGAGAGGAAGAAAAAUGCAGAACUUCACCGACCCGCAGUUCAGAGAGCGAGCUCAUCUCAUCCACGAGCAACUGAAUCAGAAUCGAGCCGUAUUAGAAUUAAAAAAGCUCAGGAUUAAAGAUUCAGGAAUAUACCAGUGCAUCGUCAAAGUGGAAGAUGAUGGAGACUACGAUGGAGAUUACAAAGACAUCAAGCUCAGUGUUACGGCACUUCAUAAUCCAGUGAAGAAAAAUGUGCAGAAAUCCGAAUCAGAAGACGAAGUGGACCUGUCGUGUGAGUUUGAAGGAUACCCGCUGCCGCAGAUUCUCUGGAGCGACGGACAGAAUAUAAACCUCACUGGGAAAUCCAGACACAGCACACGCACCACGAAUGAAGAUCUCUUUAACGUCACCACUCGACUGGCGGUGGGACGAGACCUCUCGAGAAACUACACCUGCUCCUUCCUGACGGAGGGUCGAGUCACACAGGCGGCCACUUUCAUUAUUCCCCAUGAAAUUCCGUCCGGUUCUUCACAUCAGUAUGUUUGGAUCUGCGCUGUGGUGGUUGUGGUACUGGUCGUUGUCUUCAUCUCCAUCUUCCACCAUAGAAGAAAACACAGUCAGAAAGACGGAAGAAAUGAAGCAUCAAAGUGUUCACUUCAGUUCCCACAAACCCCUGCACACACCGACACUUUGUUGACAGUAAAUGAGAACAGAGCACAGAUCGGUGACAUGAAACCGCAAGAGCAUGUGGAAAAACUUCUGACUCACAGAGACGCUCUUAAUCCGCAGAAUUCACAAGCAGGCAGAGGUGAAGAACAGACUGUUGUCAAAUUGCAAUAACAUGCUGCCACAUGCGCAUGACGUCAGAUGCCAAACUCUGAAUGUCACUUCAAUCUUGCCCGAAAAACACCAGACUACUGGAAAAACUGCUCCGGCUGGUGGUGUUUGUGGAAGUGGAAUUUUACAAGACGGUCAGAUGAAACAUUCCUAAUGAAACCGCAUUAGAUGUGUCUGAUGUCAGAGAGACGCUCCUGGGAUCAGAGGAUAUAGAGAGAGAAACAGAGACUCUCAGGAUGUUUCUAAAGGAGUGUCAGAUGUGCAGAGUGAUCCAGCCCUGCAGGACAGAGUUAGGAUGAUAUUAAACCUCAUGCCCAGAUCAGACCCGUCUCAAACGUGACUUUGUGAAGAACUGAAAGAUGCAUUUCAUGAUACGUUCAAGAUCUUUUCAUUCUGUACGUUAUACAUUCUCCUUGAAAUUAUGAAACGAUGGCAAGAGUGAUCUGGCUUCAGGUCAAAGUCAUUUCACAAUCUUGUUUAGUUUAUAUUCCCAGAAUAAGAAAUGAGAAGGUGACAUUAUUGCUUCAUACUGCUUUUAUACUGCUGUUACAGGAAUUCUGCCAGGCUGGAAUGUUUACAACAUUGAAUGUAGCUUCUAAUACAUUUCUCGAUUGCUAACAAACAAUACACAAUUUCUCACGACUAUAAACACAUUCUCAGAACAAUAAACCAACAUGUACAGACCACACACCAAAACUUCCUUAUUUUGCAAAGGUUUAAAUUUAUAACUAAUACAAUCAACUGAAGUGUCAAGAUGUAAUCUCAAAAAGCACACAUUUAUCCAUCAGUAAACAUUGUAAACUGAUGUGACACCAAACAGAACCUCAGGAUGAUAUGUCUAUGAGCACAGGCAACUGUAAUAGAUUGUAAAAAGGUAAUAGAAUCAUCUACAGGGCUACAAACUGCUUACUGUAAAAAUACAGUAUAGUUACAGUACACACUUUAUAUAAGAGAAAUGUCACUUCUCUGUCUCCAGUACACUGUAGCAUGUGUACACCCUUAAAGUCGUGAUUGUCACGUUUAUUUGUAGCAUUCUUUACAUUUUUGCAUAACUCAAAAACAAUCAGAAGACCAAGAAAUUGCUAACGUAUCCUGUAAUGAAAUCUGGCCAAAUGUGCAUAUGAUGCCUUGUUUAUUUAUAUAUUUAUGCAAUGUGUCUUUUGGUUUUUGAACUCUUCUUGUCUUGUCUACUUCAUCUAAGAUUACUUGACAGUCAUUUUUUAUUCCUUCCUAAAGCUCAUUGUUGCAUCUUGCUCUUUUUGCACUCUUUAAUGUUGUAUAUUGAUGUAGAAACUGCAGCUGUAAAUCUACUCUUGAAUCCAAAUAGGAGGUUAUAGUAACCGUGUGAUCUCACCAGUGUCUGUUACUGUGUUGUAAUGUGAGUGAUUCUGAGAGCUUGUGUGUCAUUUUAUUUUAGGAAAAGUUUUCUUUUUCAGCAAGUGUGAAUGGUUGUGAGUGGGGAGCUUCAUUUCGACCCGGAAAUACAAUGUUAAGGGAAGUUAUGGAUUUCUGUUUAGACUUUGAGAAAAUGAGCCAUCAUUUCAAGAAGUGUGUUUAAGCAAUCGAGGAAAAACUGUAACAAUGUGUCAGAUUAACAAAAACUGUCCCAUAAAUCAUCAGUCACGGAAGAACAUGUUUUUCCUGUUGUGUUUUGUUCAAAUGUGAAAGAGAAAACUUUUUUUGGAUGUCCUUGUUGAAAUGAAGUAAAGUAAUAUUUUGCAAUCUUUCUUAUA